CGAUUGACACCGACUCAGAAAUUCCAGUACCUCCGAUCAUCCGUGACCGGAAGAGCCGCAACAAGCCUUCAAUCAUUAGACGUUACAGAGAUCAAUUACCCGAUUGCUCUUGACAUUCUGAAGGACAAAUUUGAUUGCCACCGUAAGGUCUGCAUGCGUCAUUGGGAAUUGAUCGAGGACUAUCCGCAAUUAACAAUAGAAACACCCGCAGCAGUGGAAGAUCUUCUCGAAACGGUCAACGCGAAAAGGGGCCGAUGCACCAACCCCCCCCGUCAACGACAGCCCGCGCCACGGCAGCAUGCCCUCGUCACAGUCCGACCUCCAUCACCUUGUCCCACUUGUGGAGGCACACAUCCCAUUUGGAGGUGUGACAUUUUCAGAUCCUACUCCCCUCGCGAACGCUUUCGGGAGGUCAAAAAGGCAUCAUUAUGCAUCAAUUGCCUCAGGAAGGGACAUACAGCCCAACAGUGUUUAGCUGGAUCAUGCCGGGUUUGCGGUGAGCGGCAUCACACCGUGAUAAAUCUACAAAAGGAGCACACGGGAUCUCGUUCCAAUACGCCCAGUCCGAAAUCGUCUCCAUCGAACAGUCGCUGCACCACUCCCACUUUGCCAUCUUGUUCCUCUCCUACUCGGCAUGAAGAGCAUACGACGGGUCAUAGAUCGAGGACACCACGAACAGUCCCCUCACCAAGCCCAUCCACCAGUGACAGACGUACGCACACCCCAUGACGCCAGCGAUCGAGGAUCCCAUUGACGACCGAACAUCCGAAACCAUUGGCAGUCGAAUCAUUACACAACGAUAUAAUCACCACAGCACAAAUUCACGUUUUGAACAGUAAACAACAACCAAUCCGUUGUCGAGCGUUGCUCGACACCGGAUCUAGGUCCACACUCGCGGCGAUGUGUGUGGGACAGAUCAACCUGACGCAACCGGACGAGCCAGCACUGCGUCUGCAAAAAACGCGAUUCGGUUGGGUAAUCGGGGGGAGUCCAACUUCCCAAACCAUGGCAAACACCUUUCACACAUCCACGACGACGUUACAAGCAGAUCUCGCGCGGUUUUGGGAAAUCGACGAAGGACCCUCGAUUCCACAUAUUUCAGAGGCAGAUCGACGAUGUGAAGAACAUUUCCAAUUCCACAUCAGACGCACCAGCGAAGGACGAUACAUAGUCGCUCUACCAUUCAAUAACCAGCUCCAAUCACUCGGACCCUCCAAAACACUGGCAAUGAAACGACUCGCUUCACUCAACCGCCGAUUUCAACGCGAUAAACGCUUCGAAACAGAGUAUCGAACGGUAUUACAGGAAUAUCUGGCAUUGGGACACAUGACGAAGGUCACCACCGACGACUCAGACAACGACGGAUACUAUUUACCACAUCAUGGCGUAAUCAAAGCGUCGAGUCAAACCACCAAACUUCGUGUAGUCUUCGACGGUUCGGCACAAAGCACCACCGGAAUCUCCCUCAACGAUACACUUCAUACAGGCCCCAAGUUACAAGAAGAUCUAUUUUGCAUACUCCUUAGGUUCCGCUCUCAUCAAUACGUCCUCACCGGCGCUAUUGAAAAGAUGUAUCGGCAAUUCCUCGUAAGACCAGAGGACCGAAAGUAUCAAAGGAUAUUGUGGCGCAGCACGAGCGGAGAAACCGAGACCUAUCAGCUUAACACGGUAACAUUCGGAUUAUCCGCAGCCCCGUAUCUAGCAAUCCGGUGUCUCAAGCAACUGGCAGAAGACGAGGGACAUCGAUUUCCGCGUGCAGCGCAGGUACUGCAGCGAGAUUUCUACGUCGACGAUGCUCUCACCGGAGCUGAAACUAAAAACGAAGCCCUCACCCUUAGAACAGAACUCGCCGAGUUACUCCGACUAGCCGGUCUGAACAUACGAAAAUGGGCGUCGAAUGAUAACGAAUUGCUACACGGGCUUUCCGCAGAAGAAAUCAACCAUCAGCAAUUUUUGGGCGAUUCGCAAACCUUGAAGACGCUUGGUGUGUUUUGGAACUCAACCGACGAUUCCAUUCUCUAUUCGGUCGAAAUCAGAUCCAUCUCCUCCCAGGUCACGAAACGAAUCAUCAGCUCGGAGAUCGCCAAAAUCUACAAUCCACUAGGUUUACUCGCGCUGGUAAUCGUUCGGGCCAAGAUGCUGCUUCAGCGAAUAUGGUCGUCGAAACUCGAUUGGGAUGAAUCGCUGCCGCUCGAUUUACACACAGAAUGGACCAGGUACUACGCACAAUUACCAUUAUUAAACAAUAUCAGGUUUCAACGUAAGGCAAUAAUUGAGUCCGCAACCGAAAUCGAAAUGCAUGGCUUCUGCGAUGCCAGUGAGAAGGCUUACGGAGCGUGUGUGUAUCUCCGAACCCUUAACUCUAAUGGUCACACUUGGACACAACUCCUCGCCGCGAAAUCGAAAGUCGCCCCUCUCAAAUGCCACACCAUUCCCCGGCUCGAACUCUGCGGAGCAUUCCUUCUUACGUCCCUUAUGUCAAACAUACAGCAGGCACUAUUGCAUAAAAUCACUCGAACAGUCUACUGGACCGACUCCACUAUUGUCCUCCACUGGAUCAACACCCCACCCCACCUCCUCAAAACCUUCGUCGCCAACAGAAUCUCUGAAAUUCAAACGAAGACCCGUGUUCGCGAGUGGCGCCACGUUUCUACCAACGACAAUCCCGCGGAUCUGAUAUCGCGAGGCCAAACGCCCGAAGAGUUUUUGCGCCCAACUAUUUGGCAGCACGGCCCUGCAUGGCUCCAGCAAUCGGAAAACUGUUGGCCGACCUGGACACUACGUCCCCAGGUUGAACUACCGGAACAGAAAAGGGCGCUUUGUCUGUCCGCGACUCCGACCGAUUACAGUUUAUUACAAAGACUUUCCUCUUGGCCCAAGUUGAUACGAGUUAUCGCUCGGUGCCUCCGUUGGAAACAAAAACAGAACCGAUCAGCACCCCUAACAGUAACCGAGUUGAAUCUGACCCACGAUAAACUCAUUAAAUUGUUGCAAAGCACCCAUUUUUCCGAGGAAAUUCGCACGCUCCAAAGGGAUCGAAACGCGGCGAUAAAGGGGAAACUCACACGACUCAAUCCGUUCAUAGACAAGGAAGGAAUAUUGCGAGUCGGGGGUCGACUCAGUCAAUCGUCGAUGACCUUCGCCCAGAAACACCCCAUUAUCUUGCCUAAGUCAUCCACUACAGAACGCAUUAUCGAACAUGAACAUAAGGUCCACAUGCAUUCUGGAACGCAGGCUACGUUGUACGCAGUGAGACAACGUUAUUGGCCCGUCAGCGGCCGAAGUCAAGUCUGGCGUACAAUAAAAAACUGCGUCCGUUGCUGCCGCGCUCGACCACCGCCGGUAGAUUACGUGAUGGGUAAUUUACCGGAGGCACGAGUAACGGAAGCCCGCCCAUUCACAAACGUCGGCGUCGACUACUGCGGGCCAUUCCAUAUCAAGGAGAAACGAGAUCGCAACCGCCGUCAGAUUAAAAUAUACGUGGCCAUUUUCAUAUGUUUAGCAGUUAAGGCAGUACAUAUUGAGCUCGUGGGCGAUUUCACAAGCGAAGCUUUCAUCGCCGCUCUUCGUAGAUUUAUCGCUCGACGAGGAUUUUGCUCCACCAUACACUCUGAUAACGGAACCAACUUCAUUUGUGCAAACAACGAAUUACGACAGCUUCAGGAUCUGUUGCAAUCUGACGACCACAACAAAAAAGUAACCACAUUCUUAUCAGACAAGCGAAUCGAAUGGAACUUCAUCCCCCCUCAUACUCCGCAUUUCGGUGGCUUAUGGGAAGCAGCGGUGAAGUCAUUUAAACAUCACCUUAGACGGGUCGUCGGUAACGAGUUACUAACCUUCGAGCAAUUCAACACCCUCAUAAUUGAAAUAGAAUCUAUCCUCAAUUCACGUCCGUUAACUCCAAUAUCCACCGAUCCAUCCGAUCUCCUGGCUCUCACUCCCGGACAUUUCCUCAUUGGCGAUUCCCUAACGAGUCUGCGUGAGCGAAAUUUCAGGGACAUUCCAUCCAACCGGCUCUCCAGAUGGCAACAUAUCCAGCAGCUCAAACAGCAUUUUUGGAACCGCUGGCACAAGGAAUAUUUGAACGAACUGACCAACCGUACCAAAUGGGGCAAGGGUGAACAUAGCAUCCAGGAAGGCACUAUCGUCAUCCUCAGAGAGGACAACGUCCCUUCAAUGCAGUGGCCUCUAGGUCGCGUCAUCAAGGUCUACCCAGGCCCUGAUGGGAUCAUCCGGACAGCUACCAUUCAGACAGCAAAGAGCAUUUUGGAUCGAGGCGUCAAAAGACUUGUCCCGCUCCCAAUUCCACCCGAUCUCGAGAAACCCGAAACACUCCCAUCUAAUCCACAUACAUAA